UGGACAGCACUGGCAAAGUAAAGAGGGUAAAACUAAGCAGCAUGAAGGCUAAUAAAUUCAGGUCAGGAAGCAAACUCAAAAGAGUGGUGAUCAAUAAAAAAGAGAUCGGGAAGCUCCCAUAUGGCUUAUCCAAGGCCAGGAUUCUGCAGAAUAUGACUCCAGAGGUAAAGAAACCUCUGAGGACCAAGAGCCGCUUUCUUGAACCGAUAGAGAUGAAAGCUCCAUCCCGAAAGCAUUCCAAUAGUGACGAAAUAAACUACCUAAAGAAGGAGAUCUCAACUUUGAUAACCAAGCUAGGGAUUUCGGAGGUAAUGAAGGACCCAGAGAAAGCUAUCAAGCUAGACGAAGCUCUGAGUAAGAAUAAACUGACUGGAGGGGUCAGAAGCAGGUUGAGAAAUAACAAAUCAUUUGAUCACGUUGAAUCCCGAAAUCCGAAGAAAUUAAAGCCCCUUAAUAUCAACAUUAGGGACCAUAUUUCAAAAUUUCAGAAUAGAAUGCAUUCAAACAAAAGAACUUCUCCUACCGAAAAUGUCAUAAAAAUUGACGAAAACAAGGACAUGUUCUAUGCCGAUGGGGAGAGAUGGAAGGUAGAGAAGCUUGAGAAAGGCACCAGCUGGAAAAAGAGGUUCCAGAUGAUGUACAGAGCCAAGAUGCAAAGGUUAGAUAACAAGAUCAAAGCAACUCCUGCAUAUCAAGACUACAGAUCGAUCAUGAAGGAAGACUCAAUCAUGGGAAGAAGGAGAGUUCUCCACUCAAUCUAUGAUACAAUUGAUGAGUCCUUUAAAGACAAAGACAGUAGCAUCGACAAAGACCUGAUCAAGACUGACCACUUUAUAGAAUCUCUCAGUCAGAUGACAAAGAAUUUCUCUUCAAAGCUCUUCCUGAAGAUGCCUCUCGAGAAGAUGCUUGAGCAUUUUAAAGACCCAGCCUGGCUUGAGGAAAGCGAUGAUGAAGACCUCUUCCCUCUCUUAAUGGGCGGGAAGAAGUCUAAGAGGAAGAGUGCCAAUAAAUCCUCAAGGAAAAGGAUCAACUCAAAAGGCAGAAACAGUGUUGCCAAAUCCUCACAAGGCCGUAAGCUCUCAGAUGCUCCAUAUUUAAUGAGCGAGAGUACCCAGCAUUUGGAGGUUGAGAAGAAAUCUCCUAGGAAGAAGAGCCAUCAACUACUGCCAGAGAUCAAACCAAAAGACGAGCUGCUGAUAAAUAUCAACAUUAAGGCCAAAAGAAAGGGCAGCAGGUUCUAGCGACCAUUUGCUAUUUAUUUUUGUU